CAUACGGGGGCACAGCGUCGGUUGCGGGAAGUUUCGGCUACGGAUUUACCCUAGACAGUCUGGAUACAGUAUUGCGGAUGCCGUACAGAAACUGGACAAAACCCGGGUACCUUUUCGAGUGUCGACAAACCAGAGGCAACGGCACGUGUCCUCCUCCACUUAACUACACCGUCGCAGAAAAAGUGAAUAGAUUCCACACAGAUUUGAGAACGUUCCGUACAUACCUACACGAGGUUCGGGACGACGAGGCAGAAGGGGAGGGUUCCGAUACGGCGUUACUCGAAGUGAUGACUCAAACAACCAACAGAAUGGAGUCGCUGCUGACAAGCAUAAGAAUAACGGCGCAAGCCAUGGGAUUCGCCAUCUUGGAUGACGUCCCAACGGGAGUCAUGACGUCAACAGAAAGGGAUCCAACCGGAGAGCUGCUGAGACGGUCACGUGACCAGCAGGUCGUCUGGGAGUUUCUGUGGUAUCUUCGGUGGGCGGCGAGUGACAUCACGUGGCUAAAGCACAGACAUUGUGAACAGUAAUAUUUCAAAAAGAUCAGAAUAUAUGUAUACAUAAUGUAUAUAAUUGUGAACAGAGAUUAUACAAAGUUUAUAUUUAUGGACGGAAUGGUGAUUUUAAGUAAAUUUGAUUUGAGUAAAUUAAAAUUUGACAUGAAAUGAAAUUUGUAAAACGUUGUGAGAACAUACUCUAUAGAAAUGUGUAACUGUAUCAUUAUUCAGAUUUGACUGCCAUUGAUUAACGACACCACGUGCUUAAGAACAGUGUAAACAUUUUAUGUUGGAUUUUUCUAUAGUCAGCCUGCUGGCAGGUUUUCUCUGUAUAUCAAGAAAGUUAAAAUGUAACUUAAG